AACCACUACAUCUUUACACUCAGAUAAAAACACUAAUUGGUGGCCGGUUAUACGCGUAAAAGAGGAUUUCCAAACGCACGCCUUUCGAAUUUUUUCGUAAUUUCGUCGAGCUCUUCCUGCAUUAUUCGCGGACCCACAAAUAACGACAAGCAUAAGGCACGGGCAGUCAAAUUACUGACCACCGAUCGCUUUCAUAAACGCUUUUGUUUCUUUAACGAAGAUGAAGUAAAUGAAGGGGAUGCUGGACUUUCUCGGUGCGCGUAAGGCAGGUGUCCUUGAAGGCGUCAUGGAUCGAAUUGGAGCAGGAGGAUCCAUUUCCAUCAGAUGACUGGAAGCGCUGUCCGUGGUGAGUGAGGAUCAGCCCAUAUUCGAGCCAACCUACACCGCAGCCCCGGCCAUGCACAUGAAGACUGAGAUGACGUCGCCCGGCGGGUUCAGCCAGACCUCCAAGCAGAGCCCCGAGCCCACUGAGCCGGAGUGGGUGGGGCCAGGAGCACCAAAUGCUGGGAAGAGAGGAGAACACGUCAACGGCACCAGUCGCGAGUCCCCAGUGGAUUGCAGCGUCACCAAGCGUUCCAGACACAUGAGCAACGAAGGGGCCUCGAUGCAGUACCAGGCCUCCUCGUACACGGAGCCCCGCGUCAGCCCCCAGGCCACCACCCCACCCAGCAGUGCCACUGAGGAGAAGAGGGUCAUCGUGCCAGCAGAUCCCGAGGUGUGGACGCAGGACCACGUGCGGCAGUGGCUGGACUGGGCCAUCAAGGAGUACGUCCUGGAGCAGGUGGAUGUCAUGCUUUUCCAAGCGCUCGAUGGGAAGGCCCUGUGCAAGAUGACCAAAGAGGACAUGAUGCGGCUCACGUCGGCCUACAAUGCAGACAUCCUGCUAUCGCACCUCAAUUACCUCCGGCAGAGUAGUCCAACAUUCUCCUACCCAACAACUCCCACCAACAACACACCACCACAACAACAGCCGCCCAGACAGGUGAAAACAGAGAACAGUUUUGAUGAAAUCAGCCGCAGGAACAGCUGGCCGACAAACACCAUGACUACAGUGCCUAAAGGUUCUUCAAUGGAGCACCAGCACAGUACACGAGUUACAGAGCCUGCUCCAAGGAUUGGGCAAGACCCAUAUCAGACAUUAGGACCCAUUAGCAGUCGGCUAGCCAACCCAGAAGGCCAAGCCCUCAACUCAUCCAAGAACCGAACAGGCAAACAAAGUGCAUACAAGCUCCCUGACCCCAGCGCUCACAGGCCUGUGGGCUCAGGGCAGAUCCAGCUGUGGCAGUUCCUUCUGGAGCUUCUGUCUGACAGCAACAAUGCCAGCAUCAUUACCUGGGAGGGUACCAACGGCGAGUUCAAGAUGACCGACCCGGACGAAGUGGCCAAACGCUGGGGUGAGCGCAAGAGCAAGCCAAACAUGAACUACGACAAGCUGAGCCGUGCCCUGCGCUACUACUACGACAAGAACAUCAUGACUAAGGUGCACGGCAAGCGCUACGCCUACAAAUUUGACUUCCAAGGCAUCUCGCAGGCACACCAGAACCACUCGGGAGAUGGUGGGAUUGUUAAGUACCAGAAUGAGAUGUCUUAUGUCCAGACCUACCACAGCCACCAGCCCAAAAUGAACUUCAUGGGUGGCCAUCCUGCACCUAUGCCCGUCUCCCCUGGAAACUUUUUCGGCCCACCGUCACCAUACUGGAACUCACCCAACAGCCCCAUCUAUCCUGGGUCAGCCAUGACCAGACAUCCUGCCACUCACUCCCACCUGAGCUCGUACUACUGAGCAUGAUGCCAACUGAACAGAAAAAAAACAGGAGAGGAACCCAAGUGCACCAAAGCACGCUCUGUCUCACCUGCCACCGAGCUGAACUCUGCUGAAAGAAGGCGAAAUGACGCUAUCAGUCAAAUUUUAAAGGCAUUAUUAAGUUGUCUUUGUUACGCUCCGUCUCAAAAACUAAAAAAACAAACAAAAACCACGGACAAACAUGAGGGUAUAUUAACCCUGGUAUUGUAUGCUUCCAGGAGUUUUAUAAAUAAACUCAUAAUAUACUAUAUUAAUGGUUAUUCAGUUAUGAAUUUUUUCACACAUCUGUAAAAUACUUCGUUUGAUAUUGACUGUUAUAAAGACAGACGUCAUAGUAGCAUAACAGAUCUACAACUGUUCUUUUCAUUUCACAGGUCAAAACAGUUAUCCCUGACUUUUUGUAAAAGGGAAAUUGUACAGAAUUAACAUGUAGCAAUAAAACAUAAAUGCUUGAUGUAAAGCUAAUAAAUAACGCCUG